AUGAGCUAUGUAGAUCAUACGGGCAAUUCAAUUGUUAUCGAAAAUACAAGGACUUUAGGAAACAGUACCGUAGAUAUGACAGGAUGGUCAUUAAGAAAAACGAUUGAUAGUAAAUGUACGAGUAUUUACAAAUUCCCAGACAAUUUCAAUGCAAAAAGUCGUUUACCCGUUCGUAUUAUUGCUCGUAAUACAAGCAAGAAAGAAUCGACCAUAACACGACGUGAUGGUGAAACAAUUCUUAUCGCCGAUACUCUUCCUGCCUGGGGAAUAGGGAAACAUGCGACAACACAAUUGCUCGAUGAGCGAGAGGACGAGCAAUCUAUCUAUAUACAAACGUUUGCAUGA